AUGUCUCCCACUACCUCCGCCAUGGUUACCCUCCCACCAGCAACCACUCCCACCGCAACCACCCUCACCGGCCGCACCAUCAAGCUGGUCCCCCUAACCCCCGCCCACGCAGACGAGCUCUUCCCCCUCGUGAACAACGCGCACCCCCACCAAACCGCCCUCUGGGAAUGGGUGCCCGUCGGCCCCUUCGCCGACCUCCCAGACCUGCGCUCCACCCUAGCAGCCGCAAUAUCAUCCGAUGACACCCUCCUCUUCGCGAUCCUCGACAGCCGGCCCAACCUCAACACCACCGGCAAGGCAAUCGGCUUCAUCUCCUACAUGGCCAUCUCCCCCUCCAACCUGCGCCUCGAAAUCGGCCACGUCAUCUUCACCAAACCCCUGCAGGGUACCACCGGCGCCACAGAGGCCGUCUACCUCCUCCUCAAGCAUGCGAUCGAGGACCUGGGCUUCCGCCGUGUCGAGUGGAAGUGCCAUUCGGCUAACGAGGCUUCGAUGCGCGCUGCUAUUCGCUUUGGGUUUAAGUAUGAGGGGCUCUUCCGUCAGCAUAUGGUUGUUAAGGGGCGCAAUCGGGAUACGGUUUACUAUGCCAUUCUGCGUGAUGAGUGGGCUGUUCUCAAGAAGGGGUUUGAGGGCUGGCUUGAUGUUGAGAAUUUCGAUCAGGCUGGUGUGCAGAAUAAGAAGUUGGAGGAGUUCCAUAGGGCUGCGCAGCGUGCGCUUGGGUUGCUUUGA